AUGUUUUUCCUCAAGGCCCUCGGACUCCUUCCCUUCAUAGCCAUGGCUUUGGCUGGCUCGUCCAAGUUUGCUGACACCUGUCAAGACAUUGAUGGCGACGGUACAACUCUGCGAGCGCAGUGCCAGGAGAGGGAGAAUGGCCAGUUGAAGUCAAGCACACUUGACCUGAACCGGUGCAUCAAGAACAACAAGGGCAAGUUAAAGUGUGGAAAGAAUGGCAAUUACUCCGGUUCUUGUAUCAACUGCACCAUGCGUGGAACCGCCGAGUUCUCCUGUCAGUGCCGUAACUCUGAGGAUGAUCACAAAUACGUUGCUACUACCCUUGACCUCAACAAAUGCAUCAGCAACGAUCACGGCGAGCUUCGUUGCUAG